UUCUUUGUUCGAAGAUUUCAAGCGUGCGUAGAGACUUUUCUCCGUAUUUAGCGGGGAACUCAAACUCACGUGAUUCUCGACUUUGCGGCAUCGAUAAACCAUGUGCAAGUUGUAUUGCAAGCAGCCCAUGCUCCUAAUAAUGAUUCUUGCCACCGUCGACGCACAGUACGUGGAGUACCGCUUUCAAUGCAAUUCCGACGAAGUACUUCUAAGGAGCUACGUGCCUCAGCUCGACCGCUUCUGCAAGCCUUGGCUCGCGCUGGCGACUGAGCUUUACAAGCAUCGCUGGUGCCUCUGCAAAGACGGUUACGUCCGUAACGCCUGGGGCGACUGCAUCUCCCACCGCGAGUGCAGCAGCUGUGCGAGCGAGCGUCACUCGGACUUCAACGGCUGCUCAUCGGCAUGUCCGCUGGUCUGUGGAAAACCCGAACCGCAGAUCUGUACGAGGCAGUGCGUGGUUGGCUGCGCCUGCGCACCGGGAUACGUACUUGACCCCUGGGGCAAAAGACCGUGCGUCCCCGUAGCCGGAUGCCCACCAGAGUGCCCGCGGUACUCCAGCUUCCAGUUGUGCACGUCCAACUGUGCGCCCACGUGUAAUGGACCUCGACAGGACAUCUGUGCGAUGACUUGCGACAACGGCGAAUGCGUAUGCUGGCCCGGAUUCUACAAAGUGUUCCGGAAGGGCGAGAAGCACUGUGUUCCGCCAAACCAGUGUCCCAGGACGCAAUAAACACUGUGUUCACAAAAAGA